AUAAAUCUAAAGCAGACCUAAUGUUAAUUUUUACACUUGCAAACAGUUCUUAUUUCUAUAUCUGAAGGACCUUAAAAGCACUUUGAAAAUAGAAUUGCAAUAUACAAUAAAAUAAUUCGAAAUGGCUGCUCGUUCAGCUCUUAGAUAUUUGCAAUCAAAAACAGUGAUACAGCAAAUACACCGUUGUGCCUCUCAAUCAGCGUUUGAAAUUCAACAUAAAACGCCUACAAUAAAAAAAACCAUGCCAAUACCAAAGGCUCAUUAUGGUGGACGACAUACAGUAACGGUCUUACCUGGAGCUGGUAUUGGACCUGAGUUAAUGGGAUAUGUUAAAGAGGUUUUCCGGUAUGCGGGUGUACCCGUAGACUUUGAAGAUAUAGAUAUUGAUCCCAAUGCCGAUAAUAACGAUGAUUUAGAUUAUGCAAUCACGUCAAUUCGUAGAAAUGGAGUAGCAUUGAAAGGGAAUAUAGAAACACGUAGUACAGAAGCUGGAGUACUUUCUCGUAAUGUUGCCCUACGUAAUGAAUUAGAUCUCUAUGUGAAUGUUUUACAUUGUGUUUCUUAUAAGGGUGUUAAUUCUCGCCAAAAAAACAUUGAUAUCGUUAUCGUUAGACAAAAUACAGAAGGAGAAUACGCUAUGUUAGAGCAUGAAAGCGUAAGUGGAGUUGUUGAAAGCAUGAAAGUUAUAACUAGGUCUAAUUCUGAACGAGUUGCACGUUAUGCGUUUGAAUAUGCUAAGCGAAAUGGAAGAAAGAAGGUUACUACAGUUCAUAAAGCUAAUAUAAUGAAGCUUUCAGAUGGAUUGUUUUUAGAAAUAUCGCGAGAUGUUGCUAAAGAUUAUCCAGAUAUUGCUCAUAAUGACAUGAUCAUCGAUAACACUUGUAUGCAAUUGGUUUCUAACCCGCAUCAGUUUGAUGUCGUACUUACUACAAAUUUAUAUGGAGCUAUUGUCUCCAAUGUAGUUUGUGGUCUGUUAGGUGGAGCAGGAUUAUUAGCCGGUAAAAAUUACGGCGACCAUUAUACAAUUUUUGAACCAGGUACUCGUAACACCGGCACAAGCAUUGCUGGAAAAAACAUUGCUAAUCCUAUUGCUAUGUUAAAUGCAGCAGUCGAUAUGUUGCGUCAUUUGGGGCACAAAAAUCAUGCUAUCUUGAUUCAAAAUGCAAUAAAUAAAACUAUCAAUCAGGGAAUACAUACGCGUGAUCUUGGCGGUCAAGCUACAAGUAGGGAAGUUGUUGAUGUUAUAAUAAAACAUAUUAAAAUAGCAUCAGAAUAAGCACAUUUAGCAGUAAAUGAAUAUUACGUGACGUAUUACCUGUAGAUUCUUUGUAUAAAAAAUAAAAUAACAAACGAUAAUCUUAUAAAUCAUAAAGAUACAUUUUUAAUUCUGACAUGUUGCUAUAUUAUUUUGUAUAAGUCUUAGUAGGAUGGAAAGGAAUUACUCCAAAUACUAAGUAGGGGUAAUUUCGUUUGCAAAAUGUAAAAUGAAAUUAAUAUCAUGAAUAAUUCAUAUAUUUCAUUAUUGUCUUUUAAAUAAUAAAACGUGCCAUUAAGUAUUCUGAUUUUAAUCUACAAUUGAAGUAAUGUAAAAUAUAUUUUGUAAAUAAUCUUGUUAAGUCAAUGAAACAUGUAAGUGAUUAAUGAAGUAUUAAUAUUAUACAUA